UUCCCCUCACUCAAUCACCCUUCUUUUUCCUCUGCUUUUUCCAACAUUUUCUUCCCCCUCUCUCCCUUCGUUUUCUCUCAUAUAAUAUCUGAAUUUAUGUCUCAGCAAAUGAAAAAAAAAAAGUGAACUUUGUUGGAACUGAAAAAGAAGUGUAGAUUCGAGGGGGAGAUGGGCCUUGAAAUCAGCGAUUCUUGUGCUUAUAAUGUCAUUGUAAGUUGGUAGCACAGCAAAGGAAAAGUCCUCUCUCUCCCUCCCUCCCUCCCUCCCUCUGUGGAAUUAUUGAGUUCUGAAGCUACGGAAGAGAAAUAGUGUCCAUUCUACAUCUCCCUCUGUGAACAGUUCUUGUGUUGGUUUCUCUCCAAAUCUCUCUCCCUCACUCUGUGGAUCGAGAUGCCAAGACCAGGGCCAAGACCGUACGAGUGCAUAAGGAGAGUCUGGCACAGUGACAGACACCAACCCAUGAGAGGUUUGCUCAUCCAAGAGAUUUUCAGGAUUGUCUGUGAGAUUCACAGUCCAGCAACCAAGAAGAACAAGGAAUGGCAAGAGAAGCUCCCUGUCGUCGUCUUGAAAGCUGAAGAAAUCAUGUAUUCCAAAGCCAACUCUGAGACCGAGUAUAUUGACAUGAAUACCCUCUUGGACCGCACAACUGACGCCAUUAACACCAUAAUCCGACUUGAUGAGACCACUGAAACCGGAGAAUAUCUUCAACCUUGCAUUGAAGCUGCUUUGCAUUUGGGCUGCACGCCACGGAGAGCUUCGAGGAGCCAACGGAACAUAGACCCGAGGUGUUACCUUAGACAAGAACCGAAUAGCUUAAACACCAUGUCUCAGUACCAUAUCCUCAUGAAAUCCCCCGGGGCACUAUUGACGAAACCCAUUGCCCAAGCCAACCCCUUUUCUCCAAAGAACUUCCCUUUCACGUUUCAUAACGAGAAUCUCGGGUCAUCCAAAGUUAACCACGCUCAAAAGUACUCGUCCUACCCGUUAUGCUAUUCAUUCCGGGUCCCUUCUCCGAUCUCUAAUGUGGUCCGUGGCUCAUCCAAGUUCAGUUCCCAUUUCAAGAACAAAUCGGUCAGUGUGGAUAAUACUACUCAGGAGGACAUGACCUUUGGUGGGUGUGAUUUAUCCUUGCGGUUAGGCCCUUUUGGAGAUGCCGGGUCUCCUACUCGUAAACGGAGUAAACUAGCCGACCCAAAAGCCGCAUUGUGCUGCACAAGCGACAUAAACUUGCCUGUGAGCUCGUUUUCAGGUCAAUGGAUAAAGAAGGAUGAGUUUGUGAACAUGAAUGCAUCAUCGACAACAAUAACAACAGGAAAGACUGCAGUUCCAGCUCAAGCCAUCGAUGACCCGAGAAUUUCUUGGAUGGUACGAGCUUCACCGACUUGACUCACUCAGGCUACGUUUUGAGAAGUGUGUUGUUUGCUUAGGAUGUGUGUUGCAUUAUUACCUCAGUUCUGGAUUAGCUCUGUGUGUGUUUGUGUUAUUGAGUACUUGGUAGUUGUAGCAAUUUGUCUCUUCUUCUGGUAGGUUUAGAUGUUAUGAAGCUGUAAAUAUGGAACUAACCGGUCAUGUAAUGAACACGUUUGGUCGGAAAUAUGAUGAGCAAUUUGCCAAAAA